AUGCCUAACUACACCCUCCAUUACUUCAAUGGCCGUGGACGUGCCGAGAUCAUCCGUAUGAUGUUCAAUAUGGCCGGUGUCCCGUAUAAUGACAAGAGGUACGAAUUCUCCGAGUGGGACCGUUGCAGGAAUGAUUAUCCUGGUAUGUGUCUGCCUUGUCUGGAGAUGGACGGUGGCAUGAGGAUGCCUGAGACCAUGGCCAUUUGCAGGUACCUGGCCCGUGAAUUCGUAUCUCUCUCUCUCUCUCUUUCUCUCUGUCUAUAUCUUUUUCUUAUUCUGUCAAAUUUAAUUCAACCUGAUAAUUAUCUAUCUAAUUAUCUCCGUCGGUUCAUAUCUAUCUAUCUAUCUAUCUAUCUAUCUAUCUAUUUCUAUCUAUCUAUCUAUCAGAUCUAUCUAUAUCUAUCUAAAUCUAUCUAUAUUAUCUAUCCCUAUUCAUCUAUCUAUCUAUCUAUCUAA